AUGGAAUACAAAGCCAAGGCUGUCGCAGGUCUCCUGGCAGCCACCUGUGUCUUCAGCAUCAUUGCCCUCAUCCUGGCCGUCGUGGACGUGAAGGACGUGUUUCUGCCACCCAGCACCAAGUACGGUCUGGUGUUUGAUGCUGGCUCCACACACACAGCUCUCUACAUCUACCAGUGGCCUGCAGACAAGGAGAACGGCACCGGCAUCGUCUCACAGGUGGAGGCCUGCGCUGUGUCUGGACCCGGCAUCUCCAGCUACGCCAACGACCCCGCUGGGGCUGGAGCCAGCCUGAAGCCCUGCCUGGACAAGGCCAUGAAGAUCGUCCCAGAGAAGCACCAGCCCCAGCCCCCCACCUACCUGGGGGCCACAGCGGGCAUGCGGCUGCUGAGGGCGCAGAACAGCAGCAAGGCCGAGCAGGUGCUGUUGGAGGUGGGCAAGGCCAUUGGCGAGUACCCUGUGGACUUCUGUGGAGCUCGGAUCCUCACGGGGAACGAGGAGGGCUCCUUUGGCUGGAUCACCAUCAACUACCUGCUGGAGACGCUCGUCAAGUUUUCCUUUGCAGAGAAAUGGGAGCAUCCACAGGAUGCCCAGGUUCUGGGAGCUCUGGACCUUGGAGGCGCCUCAACACAAAUAACCUUCCAGCCUGGAGUCCCCGUCGAGGACAAGAACACCUCUGUCUUCUUCAGGCUGUACGGCACCAACUACUCGCUCUACACCCACAGCUACCUCUGCUAUGGGCAGACACAAGCCUUGAAGAGGCUGAUGGCAGCUCUCCACCAGGACAGCCCAUCUCCCCAGCAGAUAUCGCACCCCUGCUACCCCAGGGGAUACCAGGAGAACAUCACCAUGGCAGACCUCUACGACAGUCCCUGUGUCCGUGCACCGAGCACACCCAGCCCUGCACAGGUCCUCACGGGGACGGGGACGGGGGACCCGAUGGCGUGCAGCACCGCUGUCCAGAAACUCUUCAACGUCAGCUGCGGGGCCAACAACAGGACAUGCGGGUGCGACGGGGUUUAUCAGCCGCCCGUGCGGGGCCAGUUCUUCGCCUUCGCUGGGUUCUACUACACCUUCCAGUUCCUGAACCUGACCAGCCAGCAGUCUCUAAGCGAUGUCAACUCCACAGUCUGGACCUUCUGUAAGAAGAACUGGUUAGAGCUGGUGGAGACCUUCCCACAGGAGAAGAAGUACCUACAAACGUACUGCUCCGUGGCCAUCUACAUCUUGACGCUGCUGCUCGAUGGCUACAAGUUCAAUGAACAGACGUGGAGCAGCAUCAGCUUCAGGCAGCAGGCAGCAAACACGGACAUCGGCUGGACACUGGGCUUCAUGCUGAACCUCACCAACAUGAUCCCCACGGAGGCUCAGGAACACAUCAAGGGCCACCAGCCCGGCCUGUGGGCAGGUGCCGUCUCCUUCAUUGUGCUGGCCAUCAUGGCAGGCCUGGUGGCCGUUUUCCUCCAGUGUUUUUGGAAAACCAAGUAG